AGAGAAAAAUAAACGGUCAUAGUGCACUUCAAUUGCGUUGAACUAUUUACUCGAUUUACUGUAUUAGUGCUUAAACUAUAUAUGUGAAUAUGAAACAAUUUAACAUUGUAAGUGGAACAAUGCAAGGUUAAAAUAUUCGUUACUUGCGAAAUAAGUGUAAAUGAACAUUAUCACUAUGGAGGAAUGGAAAAAGUACAGACGUUUGGGAGGAGGUAUUUUGUUUGUACUGACACUAUUGUUCACUUCUCUCAGCGGUUUUAUUGUACUAAGUGUUUUGUACUUGCCGGGUUUCCUGUUUGGACACUCGUCUGCACAAUGGAUAUUUGAUACACUAACGAGUUUAUGGUUUACGUUUGCUGUUGGUAUAUAUGAACUUAUUUAUGGUGUGAAGAUCGUGAUUCAAGGAGAUGUCAGAAAUUUAAACAAGAACAGAUGUACUUUAUUUAUCAUGAACCACAGAACCAGACUGGACUGGUUGUUUUUCUUCUCUAUCCAGGCGAGAUACGGAUCUCUACGACGGUUCAAGAUAGCGCUCAAAGAUGAGAUUCGUCAUCUACCGGGAGCAGGCUGGGCAAUGCAGACAGCCCAGUUUCUAUUCCUGAAAAGGAAAUGGCAUAUUGACAAAAACCGUGUAGAAGCAACGUUAAAACAUUUCAAACAGAACUGUUUGCCGCCUCAGUUAUUAUUCUUUCCAGAAGGCACUGAUUUACAGGGCAUCAGUAGACAGAAGAGCAAAGAUUAUGCGGAGAAAAAUGAACUUGACGAUUACCAUUAUGUUCUUCACCCAAGGACGCUUGGUUUUACGUCAGUUGUAACAAAUAUGAAAACUUGUAAUAACCUUGAUCAGAUUGUUGACGUCACUAUUUCCUAUCCUCGCACGAUGCUUCAACGAGAAACUGAUCUCGUGACUGGAAACAUUCCACGAGAGGUGGUUUUUACGUUACGUUGUUAUGACAUUGAUGAAGUACCGACAGACAACGAGCCAAAACUGACCAGAUGGCUGGAGGAACGCUGGUAUGAAAAAGAAGAAUUUCUGAAGUGUUUCUAUAGCAACAAACAAUAUAGUAAUGACAAUGGAUAUACAAAAGAACAGAACACAGAAAUUGAAAGAGACACCAAGUUAUAUAUGAUUGGUGCUAUAAUUUUUUGGACAUUAUUUGCUAUCAUAACAUUGUAUUAUUUGUCGUUUUUCUACAUGUUCCGUAUGACAUAUUUGUUCGGUUGUGUGAUAGGUGUUUUCCUAAGUACAUUUGUUGGAUUCAACAACAUAUUUAAUAAACUAUAAUUUACAUAUGAGCUUUGCUUUCAUACCUACAAUAUUGUGUGGAAAAGACAGGAACAAACUUUGAAUAAUAAUUUAUAGACAAAGCAAGCUUGUUGUUGAUAGUACACGAUACCAAGAAAGAACUAAUUAUGAACAUUUCUUGUUGUAUGAAAUGUUUAGCUUAUUGUUGCAAGUAUUCUGUUCAAUUCAUAAACAUUUUUAUUUAUUUCAUUUAUUUAUUCAUCCAUUCGUUAUAUAUGUAUAUUGCAAUUAUGUAGUUACGCAUAAUAAAAUUAUCACGAACAUUUAAUACGUGUUUACUUCUUUGU